AGCCGGGCUUGAAUUGAGUAGCGUCGUAUUUCCAAAUCGGCUGAGUAUUAGCGGUAUAUUGUCUAAGUUCAUAAGCAAGGACUUUGGGAUCACUUCGUAUGCUCGUCAUCAACCAGAGUUCUGAGACCAACGGGGGGCGGCUUUGGUUGUCAACGAAACAAGAUGCAGCCAAAGCCUCGACCGAUCCAGCGUUUCGCCCAAGCCGUAUCAAAAUGUUCUGCUGAGGCUGCCGUCUACGGCAAGUGCAUCGUUGCCGAUUACAAUUCUGUGCACAAAGACAAGUGCGCCCAAGAGUUUUUGAAGCUCAAAAAUUGCUAUCUGGUAGGCUAGCUUCUGUCACUCAGUGUAUAUACGUGAAACACCGGCACCUUCUUACACGACCAUAGCAGGCAGCAGGGAAAGGUUCCAGGUGAAGAGAGGGAGAGGGACACACCCCAGGGCUCUUAUCUCUAUUCUCUCGGUCGCUCUCAACUGUACAUGGACGCUCAAACUUUUGCUGCACCAGAGUAGAUCUAUCUAUCUACGUACCAACACUACCAGCCCUUCCUAAAGUUUGAGAAGCCGCAGCAGGAAGGUAGCCUUGUGCACUUCCUGCUCCUCCUCGGCAAUGAUUC